AUGCGGCAGUAUAUCACACAGCAAGGAAACAAACUGGAUAUGGGCAAAUCUCGUGUCCCCACCACUGUGACCAACGCAGUGUCCUGGAGGUCUGAAGGGAUCAAACAUAAAAAGAAUGAAGUCUUCAUAGAUGUGAUUGAGUCUGUCAAUAUUCUAGUGAAUAGCAACGGCAGCGUUCUACGGAGUGAGAUUGUGGGCAGUGUGAAGCUGAAGGUCUUUCUCACCGGGAUGCCAGAGUUACGGCUGGGGCUUAAUGACAGAGUCCUCUUUGAAUUAAGUGGACGUGAGUUUUGGGGGGACUAAGAUAACUCUACUGGUGGAUUAUAUAAGGCUUGUCCUCCACAGCUCUUCUACCUGCCAAAUCCCUUCACUGACUUCAUAUCAAUUUGAAAUUAUUCCAAAAUACUCUCAAAACUGUCCCCUUCCAACCUUAUCUUCUACCC